AGUGGAAUCCGUGAUUUGUCGACCCCGUUCGUCCUGUUUCCGGUCAUUAGUUCGUGCAUGGCGUCCUUGGACACUUGGGAUCUCUGAAACUCACUGUUUUUGUGUAUAGUUUUAGUUUUCCCAACUCUUGAGGCCGGUUUUUACUAUCAAGAACCAGAAUGGGUACAAGGGUCUUUGUGGGAGGCCUGACCUACCGAGUUAGGGAACGAGAUUUGGAGAGGUUCUUCAGAAAGUAUGGCAGAAUUAAGGAGAUAGCCAUGAAAAACGGAUUUGCCUUUGUCGAAUUUGAUGAUCAUCGGGAUGCUGACGAUGCUGUGUACGAGCUGAACGGCAAGGAACUUUUAGGAGAACGAGUAUCUGUAGAGAGGGCACGUGGAACUCCGAGAGGUAGCGACAUCUGGAGGGGGAGCGGUAGCGGCCGCAGUCUUGGCCCGCCCCCUGUCUCCUCGGGAGGGCGAAGCCGGGGUCGCGAUAACGAUCACCGGAUGUCUGACAGAUAUGGUCCCCCAACAAGAACAGAGUACCGCCUUACCGUGGAGAACCUUUCUAGCAGGGUCAGCUGGCAGGACCUCAAGGACUAUAUGCGUCAAGCAGGAGAAGUUACUUAUGCUGAUGCCCACAAGCAAAGGAGGAAUGAAGGUGUUGUCGAAUUUGCUUCAUAUUCUGACAUGAAGACAGCCAUUGAGAAACUUGAUGACACAGAACUGAAUGGAAGGAGAAUUCGCCUGAUUGAAGACCGCCGUAGACGAAGGACUAGGUCAUCGUCUUCAAGGUCUAGAUCCAGGUCAAGGUCCAGAUCUCGUAGGCGGUCUCGCUCCAGGUCCAGCCGCCGAAGCUCCCGAAGCAGAUCCAAGUCCAAGUCUGCAUCACGGUCCAAGUCUCGAUCACGAUCCAAAUCCAGGGGGCGCUCAAAGUCAAAAUCCCGGUCCAGGUCGCGAUCUCGGUCUGCGCGGUCGGCUCACUCCCGAUCAAGGUCCCGGUCCCGAUCCCCUAUCAAGGAUAGAAAGUCCCGCUCCCGGUCUCACUCAAAAUCCCAGUCCAAGGCCAAAUCUCUAUCCAAGGAACGGGAUCGUUCUCGCUCACGCUCUCCAAGCAAAGGCAGAUCCAAGUCUCGCAGCAUGUCUCCCAAGGACAAUGGUGACAAAUCACCUGAAGACAUCAAGAAAGAAGAGGACUGAACUAAUUUACACUCUUCCAAGUUUUGGAUAUGAAUGGCUUGAUACAUAUAAUGUAUUAAUCAGACAUCUAUGACAAUUCCAAAAAAUUUUAUUCUGAUUACUUUGUUUAGCAUGUAAUUUCUUGGUUUUCCAUGUGAAAGGUUUUGGUGGUACGUGUGUAGUUUAGUGUACAAAAUUGUUGUCCCAUUCUUUUUCUAGAUCUUGCCAUUCCCAAUGAAUGUUGAGUAUUAGAAUUUGUAGAGGUGCAUUUCUGGGUAAUACUUUUGUAAAGCCUUCCUCUAACUUCCAAAGCCUAGGAGCAGCUGGCUUAGUAACUUGAUAGUAAAGUAAGAAUUUUUUUAAUCAUUGCUGUGUAAACCUUUUUUUAAUUAUGAGCAAAGUUCAGUUCCCAUGCUUUUAUCAUUGCCCUCUCGCAUGUAGUUUUUUUUUCUUUCGCCCCCUCCUGAGAUAAGGUUCACUUAAAUUUGAUUUAGAACUGUACAAAUCACAAUUGACUUAAGAAUAAAAAGCUUUCUUUCCCACAAA